AUGAGCAACCCAGAUUAUUAUCCUGUUGUGGGACGCAAAGAUACGGGAGCAAAUUAUGACCGGCUUUCUAUCCAAGAGUUGCAGUCAAACCAUCCUUAUCAAUUCACAUUGUUCAUCCUCGCCUUUCUUGUUAUUCAAGAGCGCCCUUUGACGGACCCUCAGAGUCCUCUGUCCGCUGUGUUCCUGGAAAAUCCAGCGGGUUCUUUUGGUGCAAUAGCCAGCAUCCAUGGAAAGCCUUACCAAGAAUGGAUCGGUGACAAAAGAAAAGAACUUGAGAAAAUAGCCGAUUUCAAUAGUAACGACAGGAAGGACACAGGUCCAGUUCCUUCUAGAUUUGGAGGAUAUUGCAGCCACGGUGCUGUGUCGUUCCCGCCUUGGCACCGUUCAUACUUGUUACUGCUUGAGGACGCCCUUAUCAGAUACUGGGAUUGGGCGGCAGAAGAUGUUGCUAUAAACGGCCUUCCCCAGAUCCUCAAGGAAGAUACAGUGAAAAUUUUUACGGGACACGUACUCGUCACCAAGGAAAACAAAACAAAGAUUUCGCGAAGAUCUUUUUCUGAAAUCGAGGUUCCGAAUCCCCUCUCUUACUACCCGUUUGUUGGUGAAAUACCACCUGACUUUCAAGACGUGGUGCGAGAGAAUGGAGUUGCAUAUUUCUCGACAUGGCGUCGUAGCUUGCGAUAUGCAGAAAGUUCGCCAGAUGCAAAACAUAGUAACGUAAAGGCUCUUGAAAUAGAACUUAAAAAGAACUUGCCUGACUGGAGGCGCAAAAUUGCGCUUCUGUUCACCUUUCCCGAAGGUGAUGACUCUGCCAAAGCCUGGGAUGAGUUCUCUAACACGGUGAUGCAAUCCAAGAGAGCAAAUGACAUGACUCUCAGAGGCUCGCUCGAAGGUGUGCAUAAUAACGUGCACCAAUAUCUCGGCGGAAACGGGCAUAUGAGUGAUCCAGACUACGCGGCUUUUGAUCCUAUCUUCUUCCUUCAUCACUGUAACGUUGACAGAUUAUUCUCUUUAUGGGAAUGGUGCUACAUUAAGCACUGGAUGCAAGACGGUUAUACUUACGAUGGCGAAAUUUACCCCUGGUCCCUGGAUGGGGGUACUUAUCAUCAAGUGUACAACGAGCAAAUUCUUCCAGAAGGAAAUCUAGCUCCCUUCAGGACCGAAAAUGGAGAGUAUUGGACGUCUAAGCAAACACGCUUUCUGGAUCCGACGACUCCGGGCUUCCACCCCAAGUGUACUGUCUAAUCUCUGUAUUUCUGUGGUCGUCUAAGCCUGAUUUGCCACGGAUUACUCUUAUCCGGAGUUCGAAGGCAUCAAAGUCGACCUACCCGCCAAUGAAGCGAGCCGUACUGCGGGAAGGUAUAGAAUAGCAAAGUACUAUGGUUUCAACCCUGCAGAGUCCGCAAGACGAGGCGGGCGAACGCACCCAUCAUUUCCAUUUCCCGGAAAGAUGCCUGCUGGCAUUCCU